CCAUGCUUUGUACACGAUACACUCAUCUAUGGACAUAUUUACUUUUACCAAACGUUUUUUUUUAGAUUUACUACACUCUCCGACCCUUUUAUAUUGUGGAAAAGCUACAUCGACACUGCCAAAUGGACUUCCGGUCAGCCCUUUCCUGAAAGAGGAAUUUCCGCCGAAGUCUGAAUGUAAACAAUGAGCGCUCUCCUCUGGAUUACUACUAGAUAACCUGGGAAUCACGAAAUACUGCAACAAUAUUAAACCCGAUUACAUUAGGUUAAAGGACCAGCCAAUAAAGAUGUCCGACAUUGACUGUCUGAAUGCCCGAGUGGAGAAGCUGCUGUGUGAAGCGGUGCAGGAGGUUCUGGAGGUGGUGAAGGAGACGGUGUCAGAGUACCAGGAGAAAACUGCCAGAACACAGAGAGAGAACGAGAGCCUGAAGAGGAAGCUGCAGGAGCUCCAGGAGAAGUUACACCUGGAAAGCAAUGGAACAGUGGCACAACUUUCCCAUAGGCCUCUGAUCGAGCAGAGACAGAAAGAAAAGUUGGUAGAGGACUUUGAACUCAUCACAUUUGAUAAGGACAUUGCUGUAAUCUCUCCUUCGUAUUCCUUUGAAGACCUUGACAGUGAAGCAUCGUUAGCUGCUCCAUGUCUCUCCCCUGGAGCCAAGACACACGCUCAUUUAGGUGGUGACGACCUGAACAAUUUAAGAGCUCUUCUAACAGAAACUAAUAAUAGACUGGCAAUUUCAAACCAUGUAGAUCUUAGUGAAAACCAACACAAAAUGAAAAGAGAGCCUACAUCGGAUGAAGACGCAAUACACACCACAAAUUGCUUUUAUGAUGAUGCAGGUACAAGCACUGCAUCCUCACACAGACUACAUUCAGAACAUCCUCAAGGCCAUUCAGUCUCCAGUUUGGAGCAAAAUGGCACAUCAGAGCCACCAUCCCAAAGAGACGACAAUACAAACAGUGUUAGUGCAAAACAACAACACACCAAUCACACAAUAGCAGUCCCUUCAGGCUCAAGAGUGUUCCAGAGAAAUGACAGAAAACAUUACUCCUGCUUGCUCUGUGGUCGCACGUUCAGACACGCGGGUGACUACAAGAAACACAACAGGGUGCACACGGGGGAGAAGCCGUACUGCUGCUCGGUGUGCGGGAAACGCUUCAGUCAGUCCGGCUACCUGACCGUGCAUCAGCGCUUCCACACAGGAGAGAAGCCGUUCGCCUGCACUCACUGUGACAAAAGCUUUAGUCACUCUAGUAACCUGAAGAAACACCAGCAAACUCAUCUGUGAGGCUGCUAUUACCAGACUUUCUUCAAACAUAGGUUUUUAUAAUUUAGAGCUGGACAAUAAGAAAGUGUUUCUGUAGAAAGAGUGUUAAAUAGAAGUAUGUUUGUGCCUCCUUUACAAAGACAUGUAUCUUAUUGUUGUACAAUAGGGCCUAUGUCAACUUUGAAGUAUCAAACACACUUUCUUAUUUCCUACAAUUCCUGCCAUGCUGCUGUUUGUCUCAUUUCCAAAUCAAAUGAAAGUAUGGUUCUUCUUGGUGAAGUGUUGUGUAUUGCCAAUACAAUUACUUUAUAAUGAUCCAAAAAAUCUGAAUCCCUCAAGUAAAACCAAACAUUGUUAACCUAAAAACUAGAUUUAGCAUGCUCGCAAGCUACUGAUGUUUAUUGUUUACAGUCAUACUACUGUAAUGUAAUGUACAGUUUAGUUUGCUCUACUUCAACAUGUUGUUCUCAGGUUUUGUUGUGACUGAUAGGAGUGCUUUUUUUAAACGUGUAUACUUGUUUUAUUGGCUGAAUGAUCGAUGUAACAGGACAUAAUAAAGAUUUGUAUCUGA